AGUGGCGCAUGCGCGAAGCAGUAUGCUGUCAUGGCCCCGUUCAGGGACGUAUUGUGCUGUUAUGUUGUUGUUUCUACGGCGUCCGUUUACUGGGAUAACUAGUGUAAUUGCAAUGAUCCAACAACUUCGAUCUUAAUGAGGGAGUUAAACAUUAAAUACCCGUUCCACGCUAUACGGUUAUGUACUGAUGGGUAUCAGCUGUUGAAUUCAGGAUGAAUGACAUGAACCUAAGUCCUGUGGGCAUGGACCAGCUGAGUGUGCCCUCAGUGAGUGCCAGCCACUUGGGUUUGCCCACCUCCCCGACGCACAACCCCAUUCCCACUCCAGGCAUGCCCGUUGCCAUUCCAAGCCUUGGUCCUUCGUUGGGCUCUCUUCCUUCUGCUCUUUCGCUGAUGCUCCCCAUGGGUCCAUUAAGUGACAGAGGGGUGAUGUGCAGUCUGCCAGAGCGGAAUUAUUCCUUGCCACCCCCACCAUACCCCCACUUAGAGAGCAGCUACUUUCGGCACAUAUUGCCAGGCAUCCUUUCCUAUCUGGCAGACCGUCCACCUCCUCAGUACAUUCACCCCAGCACUCUUAACAUGGAUGGGACUCUGUCAGUGGCCAGCAACAAUUCUUCAGGUCUGGAUCCCUACAGUGGCCCUGGAGGCCCCCUAGAGCAGGGCCUUGUUCCUAUGGAUUCCAGACAGGUUGAUGGCCAGGGAGACCUCCACCAAACCGGAGCUCAUGAAUUGGACUCAACAGGAUUGGCCAUGGAGUCACGUGUCAGUAGCCCUAUGACUCCUGACCGGAUGGGAGAGGAACUGGCCUCUAUGGAUGGAGUUGGGGUGGUCGCAGUGUCUGACACCCAGCAACAGCUCGGAGGGGGCAGGCAGCCUCAGCCCCAUGAAGGCCUCACUGGUGUGGACUCAUCUGGUGGUGUCAUGCCUCUCCAUGGGCCUCCUGUACUUGAGCUGCCGGUAGUGAUGGAGCCAGAUCAUAUCGGGAGUCGGGUGGGCAACAAUGGCGGAGGAGGAGCAGGACUUGGAGAGCAGCUCCACUCAAAUGGGGAGCUGAAUUCAGGAGUUGUCAGUGUGGUUCUAACUGGCUCCAUGUCCAGUCAGGGUCAGCUGGAGCCAGUGUCUCUCCAUGGACAUUCUGGAAUGGGGUUAGAGGCAGUAAAUGUGUCCCCUAUCACUGCAGAGGUGUCACUUGGUCCAGAAAGCAACCUUGUGCUGGUCAAUUCCACCUUGCAGCUAGAGGAUUCUACCUCCAACAAGGAGAACAUGGUCACUGCCUACACCAUCUGGUGCACACUAUGUGAGCGCUCAUAUACCUCAGACUGUCCUGAGCAUGGUCCAGUCACCUUCAUCCCCGAUGCACCCAUCCAAAGUCGGGCUCGCUUGUCUCUGCCACGUCCACUUUGCUUGCGCAUCUCCGUGGCUGAUGAACCUCUUGGAGUUUUUGCACGGGAUGUUAUUCCUCCAAGAACCUGCUUUGGGCCAAUGGUUGGUCAACACUGUAGCAAUGUGGACCUCUCUGACUGGCCAGAGAAGGACACACCUCAAAUAUGGAAGAUGUACCACAACAAUGUGUUGGAGUUUUGCAUCGUUACAACAGAUGAGAAUGAAUGCAACUGGAUGAUGUUUGUCCGCAAAGCAAGGACCCGUGACGAGCAGAACCUGGUAGCAUACCCUGCCAAUGGUAAAUUGUUCUUUUGUACAAGCAUGGAGAUUCACCCAGACCAGGAGCUGCUUUUUUAUUACAGCAGAGACUACUGCAGGCUAAUGGGUGUUCCUCGGGUGCCUGAGGGUCAAAUCUGCCAAUGUGGCAAAGAAUGCUCCUCUUUCUCUGAGCUCAAGUCUCAUCUUGGCAGCCAUAACAGCAACCACAGCCAUAACCAACCUCCACACAGCCACAGCCCAUCACAGCAGGAGCACUCUCAGCAGCAGCAGCAGCAACAGCAACAGCAGCAGCAACAACAACAACAACAACAGCAGCAGCAGCAGCAACAAGAACAGCAACAGCAGCACAGCCACCAAGAAGAAAAGCUAACCAACGGGACCUCGAGCUCCUCCUCCUCACCAUGGCCCUCUCACACUCAUGCUGCAGGACAGACAAGCAGUGAGAACAGCAGCAGUGGAAACUCUAAUAGUACAGGGAGAGCAAAAGGUCAGGGCCACGUGCGCGAGAAGAAGUUCAAGUGCAACAUGUGCUCGCGUGCUUUCAUUACGUCCACUAAGCUCAAUCUUCACUUCAUGGGACAUGUGGGGAUGAAACCCCACAAGUGUGAAUACUGUAGUAAGGCUUUCAGCGAUCCCAGCAACCUCAGGAUGCACCUCAAGAUUCACACAGGUCAGAAGAACUAUCGAUGCACAGUGUGUGAGAAGUCCUUCACACAGAAGUCCCAUGUGGCGUCUCAUAUGCUCAUCCAUACUGGGGCAGAGAAACUCAAAUGUGACCUCUGCGAUCGAGCCUUCAUCAGGAAACAUGACCUGAAACAGCACAUGUUCUCUCACACGCACGAACGCAGAAUACAGUGUCCAAAAUGCAACAAACACUUCCUUAAGACCAACCACCUGAAGAAGCACAUGAACUCCCAUGAGGGCCGAAGAGACUUUGUCUGUGAAAAAUGCCGCAAAGCUUUCCUCACCAAAUACCACCUCACCCGUCACCUGAAGAUAUGCAAAGGGCCCAAGAUGGAAAGAGCAGCCCGCAAGGAGAGGGAUGUUGAUGAGGAGGAAGAGGAAGAAGAGGGGGAGGAGGAUGACAACAGGGGCAGAAGAGGAGGAGAGAGACUGGUCGAUUCGGCCAAUAAUGAAGACUGUGGUUUAGAUAUAUAACGUCCUGUCAGCCCCUCAUUAACAACACCGUGCCUCAUAAGAUGUCCUAUUUAUUUCCUUUACUAAGAUACUGACGUUUACCUCUAUUAUUUUUGCCAAAUAUCUUUAAGUUUUUAACAUCUCACGUAAUCAGUGAAUUUAAUUGCCAAAUUUUACACAAUGAAAAUGUAGAACUCAUUUUUUUCACUUGCUGACAUUUGAAACGGUGAAUUUCUUUCUAUAUCACAAGCCAGCUGGUAAAGAUCUGACUUCUCUAAAGCUAUUUUUGCUUUUACUGAGGUCUUUGAAUAGUUGGUAGAUGGGGUCUAUAUAUGGUAACCAAUUACGUCCAUUGUUGACUCCAAUAAGCUAAGCCAAUAAUUUUGUGUGAAGGCCUAAUGUUCAUCAUUGACAGUUAAGUUUUCUAAUAUAAUGUCUUGGUGAUUUGCCCUGGUCAUGUCUAACUGCUAAAUGGCCUGUACUGUGGCCUUUCUUUAUUAUAAGCAAGAUUUUCUAAUGUUUCUUUCAUUUAAAGUGUUUGUGAAUAGAACAAAGACACCUGGCAUUAAUAUUAUUUUCCUCAUUAUGUUGGCCAAAUGUUUAAAUCAUGUCAUAACUCCAUCCUAUUUUUUGCAUAUGGUUUUAAUAAACAACAUUUACAUAUGAA